AGAGGAAGAGAGAGAGAGAGAGAGAGGAGAAGGAGAACACGGCGGCUGGAGAGGAGAGAAGAAGCGGGAGGAGGAAAGAGAGGCGGCGAUCUUCCGAACUCCAGUGGCUGGGAAUCCGUCUUUGUUCUCUGAAAAUUUCCAUUUUUAUUGGGUUUGCGAGGAACCGAGCUCCAGAUCGAGGGUUGAUUUGUGGGGAUUGGCGGGGGAAGCUCCUGUCUCGGCGCAGAUCAGCUCUGGAUCGCUCGCACGGUUUUUCUUCCGCGUUAAUGGUGGUCCGAUAGGGGUUUCCUCUCUCUUCUGUUGCGUUUCUCGGUGGGUUUUCAGUUUGGUUGGAUAAAAAGGGGAUUGGUACUUUGUGGGGUUGUAUUUGGCGAGCCGGGUUUUCUUGUGCGUUUAGCUGCUGGAUUUAUGUGCUGUUGAUUUUGCUGGUUGUUAGCGUCUCAGAUCUGUUCAUCAAGUGCCGCCGACGUUUCGAGCGGGAAAAAGCUUUCAUCUUUGCGCAUUUUGGAGCGAUUUUGAAGUGUUUGAGAGGAAAACUUGCGACCUACACAGGUCGCACUUCGUUGUUUGAAUUUUAAAUAUUUGCGCUGGAGCGUUUAGGGAUUCCGGGAACCAUGUCUUCUUUGAGCAGGGAAUUGGUUUUCCUGAUAUUGCAGUUCCUGGACGAGGAAAAGUUCAAGGAAACCGUUCAUAAGUUGGAACAAGAGUCAGGCUUUUACUUCAAUAUGAAGCACUUUGAGGAUCUCGUUCAGGCAGGGGAAUGGGACGAAGUUGAACGUUAUCUUGGUGGUUUCACCAAGGUUGAGGACAAUCGCUAUUCGAUGAAAAUCUUCUUUGAGAUCAGGAAGCAGAAGUACCUGGAAGCACUAGAUAGGCAUGAUAGGGCAAAGGCUGUUGAAAUACUCGUGAAGGAUCUCAAAGUUUUUGCCUCUUUUAAUGAGGAACUAUUUAAGGAAAUCACCCAGUUGCUUACCCUGGAGAAUUUUAGGCAAAAUGAACAGCUUUCUAAGUACGGAGACACUAAAUCAGCUAGAAAUAUUAUGCUUCUGGAGCUUAAGAAACUCAUUGAAGCUAAUCCUUUGUUCCGGGAUAAAUUGACAUUUCCACCAUUUAAAGCUUCUCGGCUGAGGACAUUAAUAAAUCAAAGUCUUAAUUGGCAGCAUCAACUUUGCAAGAAUCCACGGCCAAACCCUGAUAUCAAAACACUUUUUACUGAUCAUUCUUGUGCUGCUCCUACCAAUGGAGCUCGUGCACCUCCACCUACCAAUGGCCCUCUUGUUGGGGCCAUUCCUAAAUCUGGGCAAUUCCCCCCGAUGGGUGCUCAUGGUAUUCAGCCAUUCCAACCAGUUGUCUCUCCACCUGCGAGUGCCAUUGCAGGAUGGAUGACAAAUGCUAACCCACCAUUACCACAUGCUGCUAUGGCACAAGGUCCCCCAGGUCUUGUUCAACCUCCAAAUACAGCUGCCUUUUUGAAGCACCCAAGGACUCCUACAAGUGCCCCUGGUAUGGAUUAUCAAACAGCAGACUCUGAACAUUUGAUGAAGAGAAUGCGUAUGGGUCAAACGGAUGAGGUGUCGUUUCCUGGUGCAACUCAUCCACCCAAUAUCUACUCCCAAGAUGAUAUUCCAAAAAGUGUUGUGCGAACACUAAGUCAGGGGUCAAAUAUCAUGAGUUUGGAUUUCCACCCUGUGCAUCAAACAAUUCUUCUUGUUGGAACAAAUGUUGGUGACAUUGCCAUAUGGGAAGUUGGGUCUCGAGAAAGGAUAGUGCAUAGAACUUUCAAGGUCUGGGAGAUUGGAACUUGUACUGUGUCUUUACAGGCUGCACUAAUGAAAGAUGCUGCCAUAUCUGUCAAUCGAUGCUUAUGGAGUCCGGAUGGAUCUAUAUUUGGCAUUGCUUUUUCGAAGCAUAUUGUUCAAAUAUAUGCUUUUAAUAUAAAUGGAGAGUUGAGGCAACCGGUGGAGAUCGAUGCUCAUGUUGGUGGUGUCAAUGAUAUUGCCUUCUCUCAUCCCACCAAGAGUUUGUCGAUAAUCACAUGUGGUGAUGACAAGACAAUUAAAGUUUGGGAUGCUACAACAGGACAGAAGCAGUACAAAUUUGAGGGCCAUGAUGCUCCUGUAUACUCUGUUUGCCCACACUAUAAGGAAUCAAUCCAGUUCAUCUUCUCCACUGCCAUUGAUGGGAAAAUCAAGGCAUGGCUCUAUGAUUGUUUGGGUUCUAGAGUUGACUAUGAUGCUCCUGGACGUUGGUGCACGACAAUGGCAUACAGUGCUGAUGGAACAAGGCUCUUUUCUUGUGGAACCAGUAAAGAUGGUGAAUCACAUUUAGUUGAGUGGAAUGAGACUGAGGGAGCUAUUAAAAGGACAUACUCUGGCUUUAGAAAACGUUCAUUAGGAGUUGUCCAAUUUGACACCACAAAGAACCGGUUCUUGGCUGCUGGAGAUGAAUUUAUGAUUAAGUUUUGGGAUAUGGACAACAUUAAUAUACUGACUACAACUGAUGCAGAUGGUGGAUUGCCUGCAAGUCCUCGUCUGAGAUUCAACCGUGAAGGAUCAUUGCUGGCUGUUACAACAAGUGACAAUGGUCUUAAAAUCUUAGCUAAUGCUGAUGGACAACGGUUGGUGAGGGUGCUUGAGAGUAGGGCAUUUGAAGGCACUCGUGUUACUUCUCAACAGAUUAAUGCUAAUGUAAAGGCCCCGAUUGUAAAUGCACUUGGAGCUGUUUCAAAUGUUUCUAGUCCUAUAGCAGCUACUCCUGAACUAACCGAUCGAACCCUGCCUGUAGUGUCAAUGAGUAGCUUGCUGCAGGCUGCAGAUAUUAAACCAAAGAUUUCAGAUGAUUCUGAAAAGAUAAAAUGCUGGAAAUUAGCUGAUAUUGUUGAUUCUGCUCACCUCAAAGCCUUGCGGUUGCCAGAUCCAGUGACGACAUCAAGCAAGGUUGUUCGUUUGUUAUACACAAACUCUGGGCUGGCAGUAUUGGCACUUGGCUCCAAUGCAAUCCAUAAGCUGUGGAAAUGGACACGGAAUGAGCGUAAUCCAUCUGGCAAGUCAACCACAUCUGUCGCCCCUCAGCUAUGGCAACCAGCAAAUGGUAUUCUAAUGACUAAUGAAACAAGUGACAGCAAUCCAGAAGAAGCAACUGCAUGUAUUGCUUUGUCAAAGAACGACUCUUAUGUCAUGUCUGCAUCCGGUGGAAAGGUUUCUUUGUUUAACAUGAUGACUUUCAAGGUUAUGACAACAUUCAUGGCACCCCCACCUGCAGCCACCUUCCUAGCAUUCCAUCCUCAGGACAACAAUAUUAUUGCAAUUGGAAUGGAAGAUUCUAGUAUUCAGAUAUAUAAUGUUCGUGUUGAUGAGGUUAAAACCAAGUUGAAAGGUCAUCAGAAAAAAAUAACAGGUCUUGCGUUUUCCCAGUCAUUAACUGUGCUUGUCUCUUCAGGAGCUGAUGCUCAGCUCUGCAUGUGGAGCAUUGAUGGAUGGGACAAGAAAAAAUCACGAUUUAUCCAGGCACCAGCCUCUCGUACAUCUCCUUUAGUUGGUGACACCAAAGUUCAAUUUCACAAUGAUCAGACACACCUCUUGGUCGUUCAUGAAAGCCAACUGGGAAUCUAUGACAGUAAGCUUGAAUGUUUGCGCUCGUGGUCGCCUAGAGAUCCACUACCAGCUCCAAUUUCUAGUGCAGUGUAUUCUUGUGAUGGUCUCUUGGUAUAUGCCGGAUUUUGUGAUGGUGCAGUUGGAGUUUUUGAAGCAGAUAGCCUGAAGCUUCGUUGUCGAAUUGCGCUUACUGCUUAUAUAAGCUCAUCCAUUUCUAGUUCUGGUCCAGUUUAUCCCAUGGUGAUUGCGGCUCACCCGUCCGAACCAAAUCAGAUCGCACUGGGGAUGAGCGACGGUGCAGUUCACGUUGUGGAGCCAUCCGACGUCGACUCAAAAUGGGGGGCAGCACCACCCCAGGAAAACGGAUCUCUCCUGCGCAUCACCUCCAAUCCUGCCUCAAGCAACAGUCAGGCGUCAGAACCCCCUCCGAGGUGACCAACUUCCGUGCUUUACAAGCACAAAAUUAGUGUUGUACUCAAAGGGCUUUAGUAGCAGAAAGAUUUGUCUGAUGACAGCCACCCCGCCAGGUUUCACAGGUUCUCAUUGUUUCUGUUUAACCUGAUGAUCUUGUAAAUCUCCUCAUGAUCUAUUUGGCACAAGAAAUGGGCAUACAUCCGACUUGUAGCAUAUAUAACUGACAUUGAAAGCUCGACUUUUUUGUUCGUUUAAUUUUUCCUUCCCCCUUA